ACAUGGCAAAAUGUGCAGAAUUGCAGGAAAUUAACCCUAAAACUUCAAUUUUGUCUCUCCACUGUCAAGAGGGGAUCCGCUAAAAUCAUUUGCUGGCAGAGUGGGGGGCAGGCCCCAACAAAAUGUUGCUUGGGGCCCCCAAAACGCAAGGGCCGACUCAGACUACAUGUGUGGGUAUGGAUGUGGGAAUGAAGACCCGCGAGCCACUGCGGCCCCUCAUGAUGAGUUCAGAUUUUUUUGGCCCCCACGCCCAUAAAAGUUGCCGAUCCCUGGCAUAGAUAUUCUAUUACAAUACUACAGUAAAUGUACCAGGAGCUGGCGAGUCAGCACUUUGAGUCUAGACAAUGGGAACCUGGUGAGCAGGCUUUAUAUCUCAACAACAAGGUCAGAGGAAGUUGAAUAGAAUAACUUUAUUUAAUAAGUUGUGGCAUUCAGGUUAGAUAAUAAAGACAUCACAAUGUAGACAGACGGUGGAUUUAAUUGAAUGUUCAAUUUUAGAACAAUCUUUCCCGGCUGUUCUUUUACACUACAGUUCACCAUAGUUGAGGCUCAUGCUAAGUGCAAGAACAUCGUGUCAUGGGUGAAGGAGGACUCUUCAACAGUGGUGGUCCCUGCCCUUGAUCUCAUCAUGAACAGGCAUUUGCCCUGGACACCAUCAUCAUCAUCAUCAACUUCCUCCUCCUGGUCUUCAGUCGUAAUCAAUGUAGCAGAUCUGGAAGUGGCCUCCAUAUGCCGCAGCAUCAGAUUCAACCUUGGGCCAAGUCAUGGGCCAAGCGAGGUCACCAGCCCUAGAACUGGUGCCAGGACACGGAACCCAACUCCCUUCCCCUCCCCCCUUUCGUCAGAGGAGUCUUUGGGAAAUGAGGAAGAAGAUGACAACCCAAGAAGAUAUUCCUCAGCAUCUGAGAACGGAGAUAGAGAGGAUUGGGACAGAUCCCCCUCAGACCCCCUGAGGUCUGUGUUCGGACUGUCUCACAACUUUAUCUUCAGUCAGGUUCACAGAGAUGCCCGCAGGUCCCUGAGUGAGGUCAUACUGCCAUCCAUCCAGAGGAGACCAAAGAAGAUGAGGCCUAUUAUUCUGUCUGCGGACACCAGGCUGAUCAUGGCCAUUGUGGAGAUCAUCAUCAAGCAGAUCAACGCCAGACUAGCCCAGCUCAUGCUGAUAGGAGGUGCCAGUCAGGGAGCCGAAGCUCCUUCCACCAGCAUCAGCUCACCGAGCAGUCAGUUUGCUGAGCAGAUGCUGCGGACAAUCACAACCACAAUGAAUGGCCAUACUAUGGGACAGAUGGCGCUCACUUGGCUGUCUGGAAAGUCCGCUAAGGAGAUUGAGAGAGAGCUAGGACGACUGGCAGGCCAGGUCAUUGUUGCAACCAUCAGCAGCAUCCAGAGGGCGAAGAGCGACGCUCAGACAGGACAUGAGGUGCGGGUGUCCUACUUCCUGUCAGCGGUGUCGGCCGAGGUGCAGAGUCUGGUGGUCCAGAGAACGGAGACCAGGAUGUCAGUCAGACAGUCAGGAAGCGACCACCUGCUGAACCUGUCUCGGGCAAAGAUCAACAGGGCCGUCGAGCUGAAAAUGGCUGAAAUGUACGGUGGAUCCCUGUGGGAUUGGUCCCUGACAGAACAGAAUAUCCAGCUAGGUCAUGACAGAAUCACUGCCAUGUCCAAUGAUUUGGUGGAUUUGGUGGUCGAUGAUACCCUGAAUGCCCUUGGUUAUCUAGAGAACCAGGCAUUUUCCAGGUCCCAGAGCGCUGGCUCCCGGACAGGGAUUGAAGGCCUCGACAUUGAUGGUGUGGCAAGGGACAUGGUCCGGAAAGCUGCAGCCAAACUCAAGGCAUCCAUGUCUGAGUUUGAGCUGGAGGGGGGAUCCAGAUACUCACAGGGCAGCAGUGGUCCCUCGAACCACUCACCUCUGUCUCGUUCCACUCCGACCUGAGGAUGCUCUGUGUCCGGUCAGCAGUGUCAGUCAGAACUGCCCUGCAAGUGAUAAAAACAGAGCUUGACAGCAACUCAGAUGAGUCCUUUGUUCCAUGCCAGAUGUCUAGAAACCUUCUAGCACGUCUAGUGUUGAGUGUCGAGAGCAUCAGCGAUCUGGAAAUUGGUGAGAUGCUCCAGGGCCCCUCAGCAAUCAUGGAGCCGGAGGCUGUGAUAGAACACCAAGACAUAUCCUCCACUGCCAUCUACCACUCCCUGCUCAUUGAUGGUCCAUUCCCACCAUCAGAGAGGAUUCAGGAAACAAUUAUUCUAAGCCGUCCACUCACUGCACAGGAUGUGACCACACAGGGGGAAAAGCAGCAUCCUGCUGACCUUCAGACCGACAACCUAAUGGCAGAAUACUCUGCCAAGGCCCAAGGGGUAGUGACUCAGGUCAUAAGAGAUGCUUCUUUGACCAUGGACAUCCUGUCAGCCCACGUCUCCUCAAGGAACAUUGCUGAGGCCUCAACUAGCAUUCUUGAGUCCCUUCUAGUGGACUUAAACGAGGCAAUUGAGGUGAGUAGGGCAGGUAGGAUCAAGUUCUGGGAACAGGUCCAGUUAUCCUCCCAGAAACUUUACAGCACAGCUGUGAACGAGCUGAAGAGUUUGUACACUGGUUGCCACCUCACCAAUGAGCGGGACCACCAGGAUACCCAUUUAACUGCUGACAAAAUCCAGGACAUGGAAGUGUCUACCAACAAUGACCUCAAAGACCCAACAGUUGCAGUCAGCCAGGAGUCAGUCAGACACAGCGCCAAGAAGAUCCUCAGCAAGGUUCUGAAUGUGAUCAAGGCCGGAGUAGCUGCCUCAGAGCACUCAUCUGUGGGUGAGCAGAUGACCGAAGAGUGGCAGGUUGCCAUGGAGAUGUUUGACUCCAUUCUGAACAGGCUAGAAGAUGAUGAGCCUGAUGUGGGUGAAGAGGAUCAUCUUCAUGUGAUGUCGGUCCGUGACAUCUACCAGGAUGUCUCAUCUAAAACCUCUCAGGUUUGUAUGGUGGUGACUGGCCAGGCGAUGGACACGCUGACCGAUGAUGUGUCAGCCGCGACCUCUGUGCGUGGUAAGUAAAAUGACCACUUUUCAUUUAUUUUAUUUUGUAAUAUGCACUAAAUUGAUUAUUUUAUUUAUUUAUUUUUUAUUUCACCUUUAUUUAACCAGGUAAACCAGAUGAGAACAAGUUCUCAUUUACAGAUGUGUCCUUGCCAAGUCUCCUGUCAUGUAGGAUUCACUCAUGAGCUUAAUAGUUUUAUUGCAAUUGUGUUCAUUGGAUUUUCAAGAUUGUGUAUUAUUGUAAAAUAUACACAACAUAAUUAUUUUAUCUCUUCUGCCCCCAGAUAUUCUUCUGCCCAGAUCAAAGAGAUGUCUCUUCCAGGCCACAAGUACCCACAGGUCAGGCACUAGCCAGGCCUCCAGUGACGUUCUUGUUGAGUACAUGUCUGAGCUCCAUGCCAACCACCCUGACACCGCAUUGCCUGUGAAGUGCACUUCUACAGCUGUUGCUGAUACAGAGACUCGUCACGUCCCCUCUGCCAGAGUGAAGAAGAAGAGCCAGGGCCGGAGGUUCAGUUACUGCCCAAAGUUGCCAACGGUCAAGAUCAAGGUGUUCAAGAGCAGAGUGGAACCAGAGAGCCACCCCGCUCAAAAGGAGCUGCCUUCGCAGCGUUUCAGCACCUCUCGAGUUGCGCUGGAUGAUGAUCAUGCUGUCCCAUUCAUUCCCCAACCUGAGGACGACCUGCCACCAGCACCUGCACAGGAGUCCCGUAAACAUCCCCUGUUGGUCAGGGUGUUCCGGGCCAUUUCCAGAGCCAUCUCGAAACCGUUCAAGGGCUGUGAUUUUUGCAAGAAGAAUUAGAAAGAUUUAGCCAUCACCAUCUAAUAAACAUAUUAGCAGCAUUGA